AGUAAAGCUCAGUAACGAGAGAGUAUACUGUUCUCAAAUGGCAAAAUAUUUAUACUUUGUUUAAAUUGGUCUUGUAGUUCUAAGUUGAGUAAAGUGCUGGUUUUCAGCAAUAGCUGCAGUUACACUGUAACAAACAUACCUGAAAAGUUACUUUCUUAUGCUUGUAGAUGGAUGGUGAUAGCUCCACAACAGAUGCUUCUCAGUUAGGAAUUGCUGGAGAUUACAUUGGUGGCAGUCACUAUGUGAUACAGCCUCAUGAUGACACAGAGGACAGCAUGAAUGAUCAUGAAGAUACAAAUGGCUCAAAAGAGAGUUUUAGAGAACAAGAUAUAUAUCUUCCAAUUGCAAAUGUGGCGAGGAUAAUGAAAAAUGCCAUACCCCAAACAGGAAAGAUUGCUAAGGACGCAAAGGAAUGCGUGCAAGAGUGUGUAAGUGAAUUCAUCAGCUUUAUAACGUCAGAAGCAAGUGAGAGGUGUCACCAAGAGAAAAGAAAGACCAUCAAUGGAGAGGAUAUUCUCUUUGCCAUGUCUACCUUGGGGUUUGAUAGCUAUGUCGAACCUUUGAAGUUAUACCUCCAAAAAUUCAGAGAGGCAAUGAAAGGAGAAAAGGGAAUUGGGGGAACAGUUACAACUGGAGACGGUCUAAGUGAGGAGCUCACAGAGGAAGCAUUUAGUAAGUUUCUUGGGGUGUUGAAGCUGGAGAUUGCUUCUUCAGUGGUCAGGGUGGCGAACUCCGCUCUGUUUGCCAGCGUACAGCUGGGUAUGUUCCGCUUCAGAUAUGUACAGGGGAAGAACAAGACAGACGGCCAACAGCAGAACGUUAUGGUCUAUACAACAUCAUACCAACAGAUCUCUGGUGUUCAACAAAUUCAGUUCUCAUGAUUUGAAGAUGACUUUGGAUCUGGGAACACGAGACGGAAAAGCUGUGCAACUCUAACGAAGAGGCAGUUUUAAUGACUGGUGAAGAGAUUUAUCUCUUUGUAUAUUAAAUAGCUGUAAUGUAGCUACCUGAAGCUUGACUAACUGAGGUGUGAGUUCUGACUCAAAUCUUUUUCAUGAUGAUUUUAAAAAAAGAAAAAAAAUUGGAUUUUAAAGGUAUUAAAGUAUUUUUGUUUUGUACAAGAGUUUGUUGCUCUGUAUAACUCCUGUAUGCAUUGUAUAUUGCAAUUUAUUACUGUCAGAGAUUUGUAGGCAUUUUCUUAUUUUCAUAUUGAAUCAUGUUACUUUUGUAAUUCAGGUAAACAGCUGGGUUAAUUCAUGUUUACCCUUUGAAUAAAAUUGUAAGGGUAAAGUUCAUUUUUGAAUGCAAGUUGCCUUUAUUAUAAAGAUUGAGUUGGUCUUGGUUAUGUAACUUGUCCUGCAUGACAACCUCAACUAACUUUACAUGUCAGCAUAUUUAUUGAAAUUUUGAAAGGGACUUUUUCCUCAUGAAACUAGCAGCUCAAAAGAAUUGCUACAACUGUGGUUUUUUAAUGUAACUUCAGAAUUAAAAGUGAAUCAAAAACAACCAAUGCUCUACUACAUUUAGAGACUUAAUCAGCAGUGUUGAUGAGAACACUGACUGUGUGCAACGCAGGUCUUCAUUUCGUUUUUUUACAGUUGCGUUAACUCUCCUUCGACUUACUUUGAUGUAUUUGAGGUAGUCUUUCUGCUACUGAAAUAACUCUUCCUUUUUAUGUGUGGUUUUUAGAAUGCAAAACUUGGAAAUUCAAGGAAGGGGGGUGGGGGGGUGGAAUUUAUAGUCCUUGUGGUAAGAGAUCACAUUUUAACUUUUUACUAAAAUGUUUUAAGGUUUCUUGUGAGACUCUGGGAACUCAGAUGUGUUAGCGACUCUGUGUCCAGGCUGCGUGUGUGCGUGCGUGUGCGAGUGACUG